AUGCACGAGCUGCAGCAAGGGAGUACCAACGCCGAUUUCCUGGACGAAGAGCGCCGNUCAAUAUUGUUUUUCAGUGUGUUUAUUGCAAGAAUACUGAAUUUUUUUGAUAAUAAUUCAGCAGCGAGUGUUGAUAAUGCCUCAUAUGAACUAAAGUUAUCACGAUCGACUGUAUGGCGAACUCUCCACUCUGAUAAUAGACAUCCGUAUCAUUACACAAGGGUACAAGAGUUUCUACCGGCUGAUUAUGAAAACCAAUUGGAAUUCUGUCAGUGGUACGUGUGUGCAGUGCAACAAGAUAAUUUGUUUCCAUCAAAAGUAUUGUGGACUGAUGAAUCGACGUUUACAAGAGGAGGACUUUUUAAUGUGCAUAAUAAUCAUGUACGGGCAAGAAGAAAUCCACAUGUGACGCAAACAGUUGCUUUUCAACAUCAAUUCAAAUGCAAUGUAUGGGCAGGCCUGUACAAUGAUAUGACAGUAGGGCCUUAUUUUCUACCGAAUCGGUUGACCUCAACGGAAUUUCUGAAUUUUCUAAAAAACGAAUUAUCGUAUCUUUUGGAAGAUGUGCCAUUGUAUUCUGUGCAAAGGAUGUGGAUGCAAUUGGAUGGUUGUCCGGCACAUUACGGAACACAAAUUCGGCAAUGGCUAAAUAAUCGGUUUCCUCAAAGAUGGAUAGGUCGGGAUGGGUCAAUCUCUUGGCCACCAAGAUCGCUCGAUCUUACGCCACUCGACUUUUAUCUGUGGGGAACUUUGAAAGAGUACGAAUAAAUUCAUGUCAUGAAUUGAUUCAAAAAAUUAAUGAUGCGUUCAAUGAAAUGAAAGAGAAUAAAAAUGAAAUUCGCAC